CAAUUUUUAUUUGGAGCCCCGGAUUGGGAGUUACCCGACACCCCACCCAGUCUGCGCACUAUCUCCAUAACUUCCUGUUCAUGUUAGCGAAAACCCACCGUUAUUUUCUGAAGUGUACCGGGUGAGAUUUAGGGUUUAAGCCGAAAAAGGAGAAAAAGAAAGGUUUCAAUUUAUCCGAAAAAUCAUAACUUUUAUCGCGAUUAGCAGGAAAAGAUAGGGUUUUCAAAUUAAUAAGCAUAUUUGUUGUCUGCAUAUAAAAAGUCUUCAGUUUGAUGCUAGUUGCACAAACUCUCAGACUCCCUGCACAAAUUCGCAGACUCCACCCACAGCUUCCAUAGAAGAAGAAGAAGAAGGGGAAGAGAAAGCCUCCUGCUUUUUACAGUUCUGCGUUUGUUCGGGGAAGGAAGAGAUUCGGGGGUGGUUUUUGUUUGCAUGAAAGUGAAGGAACAUGACGACCGAUCUCAGUGAUUAUGCCAUCAUUAAGGAAGGAGAGGCUGAGAUUCUCAUGCAUGCUAAGAACCAAGUCUUUUACAAUAAAACUCAGGUUAACAACAGAGACAUAUCAGUUGCUGUUCUGAGGACAUUCAUAACCAAACGCAAGGAGGAGCAUGAAGCAAGAUCGUCCAAGAAAGCAAAACCUGCACCGAAGGAGUCUGACAAAGAUGCUUCAAAUUCUGUUGUAGAAGAAGUACCUAAUGAGCCUGCUAUUAAUGAAGAAAAAACCAAUGGAGAUUGUGAAAUGGCAGCAGAGAUAUCACAAGGUGAACCAUGUAGCGUUUCAGAAAAACCAGACAAGGUCACUGAGGGAAAAUGGCGUGGGGAACUGAAGCCACCAAGAGUUCUUGAGGCCCUGUCAGCUUCUGGUUUAAGAGCUCUUAGGUAUGCUCGUGAAGUGGAAGGAAUUGGUAAAGUUGUUGCUUUAGACAAUGAUAAAGGUGCAGUUGAAGCUUGUAGGAGAAAUAUCAAGUUCAAUGGUUCAGUUGCAUGUUCAAAGGUGGAAUCACAUCUUGCUGAUGCUCGUGUGCAUAUGCUCACCCAUCCAAAAGAAUUUGAUGUGGUUGAUCUUGAUCCUUAUGGUUCUCCCUCUGUCUUCUUGGACUCUGCAGUUCAAUCUGUUGUUGAUGGAGGAUUGCUAAUGUGUACAGCAACUGAUAUGGCAGUGCUAUGUGGUGGAAAUGGGGAGGUUUGCUAUUCAAAAUAUGGUUCCUAUCCUUUGAGAGGGAAGUAUUGUCACGAAAUGGCUUUGAGGAUCCUCCUAGCUUGCAUUGAGAGUCAUGCAAAUCGUUACAAACGGUACAUUGUUCCUGUGCUAUCUGUUCAGAUGGACUUUUAUGUUCGAGUUUUCGUCCGUAUCUACUCUUCUGCAAGUGCAAUGAAGAACUCUCCCCUUAAGCUAUCCUAUGUUUAUCAGUGCAUUGGCUGCGAUUCAUUUCAUCUUCAGCCUAUUGGAAGGACAGUCACAAAGAAUACCAGUGUAAGAUAUCUACCGGGUUUUGGUCCCGUUGUUCCUCAAGAAUGCAGUGACUGUGGGAAGAAAUUCAAUAUGGGUGGACCUAUAUGGUCUGCUCCUAUCCAUGAUCAAGAAUGGGUGACUUCCAUACUAUCUGAUGUGAAAUCUAUGAAGGAGCGGUAUCCCGCUUAUGGUCGCAUCUCUGCUGUACUAACAACAAUUUCAGAGGAACUGCCUGAUGUUCCUUUGUUCUUGAGUCUGCACAACCUCUGUGCCACAUUAAAGUGCACUUCCCCAUCUGCUGUGAUUUUCCGUUCUGCUGUGAUCAAUGCAGGGUAUCGUAUAUCUGGAACUCACGUAAACCCAUUGGGGUUGAAAUCAGAUGCUCCCAUGGAUGUCAUUUGGGACAUAAUGCGCUGUUGGGUGAAGAAUCACCCGGUGAAACCUCAGCCAGCGGAUCAGUCAGGAACCGUGAUACUUGCCAAGGAACCCAUCCUUCAAGCUAACUUUGCUCGAGCUGUUGCGUCUCUUAGCAAGGCACAAACCAAGAAGGUAGCACGCUUCCUUCCAAAUCCAGAAAGGCACUGGGGGCCAAAGCUUAGGGCAGGUCGUACAAUCACCAGCAAACACAUCUCUCUCUUGGGUCCGGAGGCUGUCAAUGGACAUCUUAACCAUGAAGGUGGUGAGGAACAUGAUGCCAAGCGUCAAAAGAUUGAAGAUCAACCCACCCCGAAUUGAAGAAAUGAGUGGUUUUAAGUUUGUCGACCAAGUUGACCUUGAGCUCCAUAAUCCCAGUACUGAAACAACACACAUAAUCCUUCGUCAUUUUUACUUGGAGACAGCGGGUGGAGAGAGCUAGGCUUCUUGCAACCAUUAAUUAAGCCAUGAGCAACUGGAGCGGCAACUUUCUAUUUAAUUAGAAGCCAAUUUUCAGCAACUUUUGAGUUUGAUACACCAUUUUUAUUUAUAUUUGCAUACCUUUUGAGUUUGUAAGCAAUUUAUCUUGGUCACAUUGGCUUCAAUUUUGAUUCCAUCCUUCAAUUCUGUCUGAUAUUAAAUAGUGCAGUUAAAGUUCCAGUUUCUUA